AUGACGGCGGUGGCGACCAUGACCUACAACCCGUCUUCACACAUAUUCCCAGGCAAGCUGUUACCCCCGGUCGCAGCUCUGAUCGGGCACGGGAACGGCCACACCACGUCGUCGGCGAAUGGCAAAGGCUCGCCUCUCCGAGAAGUGGCGCCGCAUCAUCAUCACGUCGGCGCCGGUGGUGCAGGCAGCAGCUCGCACCAUUCAGGUGCUGGAUCCGUCUCGGAUGCGAUCAGUAUCCACUCGCAAGCGUCGACGUCGACCACUGGAAACAGCAUGUACCGCAAUGCAACCUACUCGCCUCCGCCGGGCCUUUCGAUUGAGACCGAGGCCGACGACUACCUCGGCCAACACGAUUUCGGCCACGAGGAGUCGCUGCAGGCGUUCGUGAGCUCCAACGCGUUCCCGACGCAUCCCCAACCGUCCAGCUCGCUUCCGAGAUCGGCUCGAAUCGACCAGAGCUCCUCGAUCCCCGCUGCCGCUCAGUGGCUUCUAUCGACGUCUCCACCCACGGUUCGACGCGCUGCCUCGACCUCGAGCUCGUCACGCCCCGCGUCCUACUCGGUAAACGGUCGGCCCUCUUCCUCUUACUCGAUCCUGCAGAAUGGAAGCAGCAGUAGCAAUAUCUCGUCGCAGCGCAGCUACGAGCUGGAUAGCACCAGCAACUCAGAAUACUCGGGAUACUCUUCUACCAGCUCCGGCAAGGGUCUCUCGUGGGGAAAGAAGAGCUUGUCGAGCGCCUUCUGGCGUGGACCUCGGCGGCAGAACUCGCGACCGGAGCCCAAGCCGAUCACACUGCAAUUGUCGCGACCGAACCCGAAUCGAUCAGGCCGUCUCGACAGUGCGACCUCGCCCGUUGAAGUUCCUCAAGUUUGGGAUGACUGGAUCAAGCAAUAUGCGAACGUGAGUUGUCGCACGGGGGCGCUUUGAACAACUUGUGGGCUCUCUGCGCUGUGUGGUUUCUGACCUGGGUCUGAUCAUCCCUUCCGAGCAGGGUGGUAUGGACGUUGAGAAUCCACCCCGACCCCCGCCUCCAAUGGCUAGCAAUACGUUCCCAAGCUUGCAUGCAAGUUCCCGCUCGAGUCGCAACCCUGCUGAGGAAGGCAAACUCUCGGCCCCGAACCAGCCGCUCGAAUCGGUGCGGCAAAAGAUGAUCGCGCGCCUGGAGCUGUUCGGUCCCACCGAGAUCACAAGUGCCCGAACAGCGUCCAGGAUGGUGACACCGAUAGCCAGCUCCUCGUCUUCGCAAUUUACUCAAGGAACAGAUCGAAACUCGUCCUUGUUUGACCGCCGCGCAUCGAAUGGCUCGACUGCGCAAUCAUCUGUUUCGGCCACGAGCUCGGAAUCGACGCCGGCUUUCCUCAACUCGGCGGGGUCCAACGACGUGCCAGAACCGCCGUCCUGCCUCUCUUUUGCGAAUCACCCAUCACUCGCAUCGAUCUUGAGGCGGGCGAAGAACACGUUCGGCGUCAGGAUCGUGCUCGUGACGGUCUUGCUCGAAGACAAGCAGCGAUUCUUGGCCGCCACGGGAAUGCCUAAGGGCGUUGAAUCGCUUCCUCGCGAGGUCACUUUCUGCGCUCACACCGUCCUAAAUGGCGAGAGAGGUCUUGUCGUCCUUGACACGCAGCGAGAUUGGAGGUGAGUUGCCUUUUUUUUUUUUUUUUUUUUUUUUGUUGGAGAGAGAGACUAACGAGCCCCCAUGGCUGCCAUCCCCAGGUUCCGAAACAAUAUCCUGUCAGUUUCGGUCAACGCGCGUCUGUAUGCUGGGAUGCCCAUAUAUCCACCUUCCAAUGCCGAACUGGAAGAAGAAGCCGGCGGACGGCUUCCGAUCGGAACCCUUUGUCUACUCGACGAUCGUCCUCGAACAGAGUUCACGCAGUCGGAGCGUGCACAGCUACGCGCUCUCGCGAGCGAUGUCUCGGUCGAGAUCGAGGCGUGGUUCUCCGAGCUGCGUUCGUCCGUGGUAUCACAUUCGUCCUCGAUGGCCGACUUGUCGCACAAUCAGGUCAAGCAGGUUGCGUUUGACGAACCCUCGCCUUCAUCGGGGUACACCGACUGGAACGGGCUCAAGACGCCAGUUGCCUCGACUUUCCCGAACUCGAGUCCCAGCAAGAUUAUGCAGUCGCCGGCGUCUGUGUCCUCGAUUAAGCCUGCGCUCAAGUGCCGAACCAACGACCCAGCAACAUACACGGCCGGGUCGCUGUCGAGCCAUGUGCCCCAGGCCCUUCCUCCAACGCCCGAAGAAGAGACCGCACGCCAUCUCCACACGGGCCGCAGUCAAAAGAUCAAGCCGAGAACCAAGCCCGAGAUCCCGGUUCGUGACGUUCGCCGAUCGGCGGUGUCGCCCGAGGUCAACCCUGCCACUUCCAGUCCAGAGUCGUCUGCUUGUUCUCAGAACGUUUCCCCGACCUUCAUCCGCCAGACGUUUCCAUCGGCUAAGACACGACCGCAACCUCGAACGCCUCAUCAAAAGUUGCUUGAUUCGGCGAUCAAGUCGCUUGGCGAUCGUCUUGCGCUCUCGCUCGUGUACCUCGUCUCGAUGUCGAACCUCUCGGAGGAGGGGCCCCACGCGCUGGCACUCCUCUCUGCACACAAUCCGCCGGCCACGACGCCUUCGUUCGACUCGGCAUUACACCUCAAAGCACUCCGAGCCGCCGAAGGGGGGUUGCUCUAUCGUAACCCAGCUAUCGCGACGCUCGGUCCGAAUGAAGAGUUCCAGGGCCCCGGUUUCGCGUCGGGGAUCCUUUUGCCCGUCGCGGAGCGGGAGGGCAUGGGCUGGGUCUUGGCGGGGUAUACCAAGGAUGCGACGCGUGUUUUCUCCGAGGAAGAAUUGGAUCGUUUCGUUGAUAUCUCGGCUCAACUCGCCCAGCUCGUCGCGGAGGAUCCAUCGACGAUGGAUGCCGAGUUAUAA